AUGACCAUUGCCACAUCGCUCCAGGAGAAGAAGUUACAAGACUACGUCGAAUCGGAUGUGAUCCGCGUAGUUUCGGGAACGACUGCUCGGCGAUUCGUUUAUUCGAUCUACAUCUGUCUCGUAACAGCUUCGGCCGUCAUACUGUAUCUAUUCCCGUCUACAGUAAUCAUUACCGGCUUCAUUAUUCUGCAACUGUUACUGCUCGCAUCUCUUUAUCCUCUGAUCAAAUUCGCCAUCAAGACCGAAGACCACGAACUGAUCUGGGACCAGGAUGGAUUGCACUGGUUCCACCCCAACGACGCCAUACAAGUGAACGAAUACUGCGAGCAGCCCUAUAGAGAAAUGCCAGCACCUGCAAACUUCCACAUGAGUUACGCAUUCAUUUGA